UCGGGCUAGGUGCGUGGCGGUAGCAGCCGCUGCCACUGAAUACGGUAACAUUCAGCAGAUGCCCAGUGCAUUCGCGCACACAGAUUAACAUGUUCCGAACAGGGCUUUUCCCCGUGACCUUACUCAUUCUUCUGGCUGAAACAGCAAAUUCCAAGAGAAGCACACUCCCUGCACCAAUAAAGGUGCACUUCUUGUCAACAAACUUGCAGAACGUUCUACACUGGGAAGUGUCUACCAUGACAGGAUCUGGGAAACAACAUUUCAGCGUGCAGUAUAAAGUGUAUGGAGAAAGCGAUUGGAAGAUCAAAGCUGAAUGCCAGAAUAUUACAAAAACAUAUUGUGACCUUUCAAAUGAAACAGAUGAUUACAAAGAAUAUUAUUAUGCCAGAGUAAGGUCUGUUUCGGAAGUAGGCUUUUCAAAUUGGAUUAGAAGUGGAAGAUUCAAUCCAGAAGUGGAAACAAAGUUCACUCCCCCAAAAGUAAAACUGGAAGCUGGGGUUUGUUCCAUCUUAAUCACAUUGACACCUCCCAAAAAAUGGCAAGACAACCAUCAUGUCCAAUCUAUUUCGCUCACUAAAAUUCUCCAUGAAUUAAAAUUUGAAGUGCUUGUUAUCAACAAAAAGACCAAUAAGUCGUGGACUUUCAUGGAAAACGGUGAAAUUAAAAAAGUAGACACACUGGAACAUGACACCACAUACUGCGUAACUGCCUGGUCAGUGGAACAUUCCACUUUUAGAAAAAGUGGCCCUUCUGAAACUCAAUGUACAACAACACCAAAAGAUCCAACAAAACAAAUGGUUAAAAUUAUUCUGUUUGGAUGUGUUAUGCCAAUCUUCAUUUUUAUUUUUUUGUUCGCUUUGAUGUGCUGCUUUAUGUACAAAUACGUGAAUGCCAGUGAUCAGAAGCAACCUAUAAAUCUGCUACAACAUGGUUACCCGUUAAAGAAAACAUUCCUGUUUUUUUCACCUGAAUCGUUGACCAUUAAUGUUAUGGUUCUGGAAAAUGGGAGCAGUAGAAUAUCAUCGCAUGGUUGUAUAGAUGCUGAUGAUUGCAGAAUCCCUUUAACAUCCCAGUUUAGCAACGAGUCUGCAAAUGAAUGGAAAGCCACUCCUUUAGUAACAAAAAGUGAAAAAAGUAUAUAUCAGUCUCAAACUGUUGAAAGUCCAACAACAGAAAACCGUGCAGGUGGCAAAGAGAGGGACGUGCCCAUAUCUGUUCAGUUCAAGCAAAGUGGUCCCUCAAAUGAAAACGAAAAGUUGAAAGGAACUCAGUCUGAAGACAUUGCAACAGAGAACAUCAGUCACCCUCAACAGCUGCAAAACGUCCAGCUGCCAAGUGAGACUUAUGGUGAACCGCUACAAUCAGGGUACAAAUCACAAAUGCCAUCACAGCCUCUAAUCAGCAAGCAGGCACAGGAUCAUGUUGAGUAUGCGUUCCUCGCAAUAGAUACAUGUCUGAACCCAAAAUAUGAGCAACUGCUCCACUCACCAAAUGGGAAGGCUGAGGAUCCACAGCAGAUGAGUUACCUGUCCCAAUCUCUUGCCAAUGAUCCAAACACAGGGACUAAAGGGAGCGAGGUUGACUGGGCUAAAGUUGGAUCCCAUGAUGCUCAGCAUGGGAGAGUUUAUCUUCCAAGAAUGCCACUGGAACAAGAACAGAGUAAUUAUAAGUCACAGUUUCAACCACAGCCACUAGCUGGAAAGCCUCCAAUGGAUGAUGUUGACCAAUGUCCUAUUGUAUUAGAUAGCAACAUACUGAAUGAAGAACACCAUAAUGAGGUGGAGGGGCCAGAUUUAACAGUAUUAGACUGGGACUUCAGUAAUUCCAGGCUGACCUUAUCUGCAUUACAUGUUAGGAGAGACUCAGAGAACAGUGAUUCCCUGUCAGAAACUAUAGAGCAACAGAAUAGUCUUCUGUCCUCUGUAUGUACAAAAGCUUUCCCAGAUGUAUCUUUAAAAACCGAAGAAGAAGCCUGUUUAUCAAAUUUCCAAGAACACUGGGGACUGUGCAUUCAAGUAUAGCAAUCAGUGAUCUUCGUAUGCAAGAGCCAUGUGUAUUUUCUGCAAAAUAUGCCACCAUUCUGUAUUUCCUUUUGUGCCAUUGUUGUAGAUCAUUCGCUGUCUUAUGUCACUUCUUUGGCUGAAAGAGUAACCAAGCAAUUUUCUCCUUAGCCUCUUCCUCCCCUUGGCUGAGUCCUGGGACACAUGAGACAACAGAAGUCAGUAACUUGGAGGCUCAUGGAAAAGAAGGUGCAAUGUAAAUUGUCACAACCAAUGGACACCAGAAGCUGUCAUAAGUAUAUGAAGUUUGUCAAUUUGUGUUUUUCCCCAUUCACCAUAUAAAUUUCAUUUCUGAAGUUUUUAAUAUCAUCUCUAACCCCAACACAUGAUGGAAACUUGUACAACUGUUACCACUCUCCUUGAUACACUGUCCAAAAUGGGAGUUUUGACAUUGGAAUACAAAUACUGAAGCAUCACCCAAUAUGCCCAAGGCUAACUGACGAUUUACCCAUACAUAAAUGAAAAGGAACAGGAAAAUAACCACGAUCCAUCACAAUGGUAAUUUUUAGUUGUCAAUUAGUAGCAUUGCAAUAUCAGGCAAAGCCAAAAAUCAGAACCUUGGAGGAAACCCUUUGGCACAAAAAUAUCAUGAAGUUCACUGAAACCAGAAGAAGGAGCUCAGGCAAGUCAGACCUGAGCUCCAAGUUAGUAUAAAUGGGGAAUUAUCUAAGGAAGCAGCAUAAUUGGCUUCUGAAACAGGAAAGCAUUAAAGUACUUACAGUGCAAGAAAAUGGUCAGGAAGCAGGACAAGGGUAUGAAUGAUGGAAAAAAUGCCACUCUAAGAUGCUACAGAUGCUAGCGUCCACCCGUUUUAACUUAAACAACCUCUAAUCAUAAGAUGUGGGAAGGGAGUUGGGUUAUGCUGCAGAGGACCAGAGUUUAAACUCUGUACACUUCCAUUGGGAAAUAACAUCCAAGGAUUUUUUUGCUUACUACCUUUAUGGUGGAUAGAAUAUUUUCUAUUUUUCAAACUUGAAAAUUGAUCAUGCAUUAUAAUACCCAGUUAGACCAAUGUGUUACACAAAUGGAGAGUGUCAAUAACCAAAGCAACAAAUUAAAGUUGUUGAAAGUAUUUUAUACAGUAUGUGCAGAAUAUUUUAGUAUUUUAGAGGUUUUAUAUUUUAUAUGCUGUUUUCAAUUGAUUAAGUACUCUGAACUGAGAUCUGGAUUCAACAUAUCACAGAGGGCAAUAGCUACCCACUGAAACCCAGAGUUUAUGGAAAGUGCUGCAAAUCCAUUUACAGAGAUAGUAUUUAAAAGAAAGGUGAACAGCAAAAAAAUAAGUAACUAACAUAAUCCGCCACAUUUCACAAAAUGGGAAUUUGAAAAUAAAAGCUGGAAGUCCAAAGUAUAUGAAGGGGAUAUGGCAAACAGAGAGAAAAGCUUCAUCUGAAGUGCAGUGUUCAGUAAUAUAAAACACAGUAAACAUCGAAAACAGAACCAGUACUGAACUGGAUG